CUUGUUGCAGGUCUUGCUCCCCACACACUUUCCUUCUCUCUCCUCAUUCGCUCGAAACGCUCCCCCCCAACAACAUCUUCUCAUCUUUCUCUCUCUCUCUCUACACUUCCUUUUCUGAUUCGUUCUCUCUCUCCUCCACAAUCACUCACUCUAUAAAAGUCAGCCUACCCCUUCUUUAUUGUCCUUCCUACCACUAACCAUUUCCUCUGUAGAUUUUUUUUUCUCUGUUCCUUAUUUGAAUCCUCCUCUAGGAGGACAGCAGCUACUUUCACUUCUCCCAACAGCUCGCAUAGGCGUUUGUUCGAGGCGUUAGAUCAGAGCGGAAAAUGAACCAUCACUGCGCCGUCCAACAGCAGAACGCCGCCUUCGCAGCCUGUGAAGAGAUGAGGACCACCGUUUACGUCUCGAUGUCCGACAGGAGAGAGGCGGUGGUUUGCCCCAAGCCUCGCCGCCUCGGUCUCCUCAACCACGGCGUUCCCGACCCAAUCAGACCCCUGCGAUGGCAAAUUAGUCAUCAGCCAGAGCUGCUGUGCGAAUCGAAAGCGGGAACAGAUCUGCUGGACAUCAUCCUCCUAAAGGGUGGUUAUGGUGCGGAGCAAACUAGUGCCCAGGUAGCCUCGUCGCCCCCAUUUUUUUGCGGGUCUCCGCCGAGCAGAGUAUCUAACCCACUAAUCCAGGACGACCGAUUCGGGGACGAAAAAUUCACCCCCGUCUCACCGCGCUCGAUCCCUGUCCCCCCUCCGCCGGGGCUGUCGCUCUCGCCGUCAUCCUCCUCCAGGAAAGGAGGGUCCUGCGUGCGGGCGAGUUUUGGUAACAACCCGGCCGUGAGGAUCGAGGGGUUCGACUGCCUGGACAGGGAUAACAGGCGCAACUGCAGUAUCCCUACCCUGGCGUAGCGAACCCCAGACAGAACCGACCGCGCGGAUCAGUAUAUAGAAAAAGAAAA